CUUCUGAGAUAUCAUCCUUCUUUAGGGAGACAAGGAAAAAAGGCCACAGGGUCCCGGAGAGCCAGGGAAAUGGCACACAUGGCAUUCAGGGAUGUGGCUGUAGAUUUCACCCAGGAUGAGUGGAGUCUGCUGAGUCCUGCUCAAAGGACUCUGUACAGAGAGGUGAUGCUGGAGAACUACAGCAACCUCGUCUCACUGGGAAUUUCAUUUUCUAAACCAGAAAUCAUCACCCAACUGGAGCAAGGGAAAGAGACCUGGAGAGAGGAGAAAAAAUGCCCACCGGCCACCUGUCCAGAUCCAGGGCCAGAACUCUACCUCGAUCCCUUCUGCCCUCCGGGUUUCUCCGGUCAGAAAUUCCCCAUGCAGCACGUGCUGUGUAAUCAUCCCCCCUGGAUCUUCACAUGCUUGUGUGCAGAAGGUCACAUCCAGCACGGAGAUCCAGGACCAGCGGACCAGGAGAGGCAGCAACAAACCUCUGAUGGGAAUCCCUGGAGUGAUCAACCCGAAGGUCCAGGUCCGGAGGGAGAAGGUGCCAGGCCUUUGUUUGGAAAAACAAAGAAAAGGACUCUGGGAGCAUUCACCAGGCCACCCCAGAGGCAGCCAGUCAGCUCUCGGAACGGCCUCAGAGGGGUGGAGUUGGAAGCCAGCCCAGCUCGGACGGGGACCCCUGAGGAAACAGACAAAUUGUUGACGAGGAUAGAAGUCUUAGGAUUUGGAACAGUCAACUGUGGAGAGUGCGGACUGAGCUUCAGCAAGAUGACAAACCUGCUCAGUCACCAGCGGAUACACUCAGGGGAGAAGCCCUACGUGUGCGGGGUAUGUGAGAAGGGCUUCAGCCUGAAGAAGAGCCUCGCCAGACACCAGAAGGCACACUCGGGGGAGAAGCCGAUUGUGUGCAGGGAGUGUGGACGAGGCUUUAACCGGAAGUCGACGCUCAUCAUACACGAGCGGACACACUCUGGCGAGAAGCCUUACAUGUGCAGUGAGUGUGGGCGAGGCUUCAGCCAGAAGUCCAACCUCAUUAUUCACCAGCGGACACACUCGGGGGAAAAGCCUUACGUGUGCCGGGAGUGCGGCAAAGGCUUCAGCCAGAAGUCGGCCGUCGUGAGACACCAGAGGACACACUUAGAGGAGAAGACCAUCGUGUGCAGUGAUUGUGGCCUGGGCUUCAGUGACAGGUCAAACCUCAUCUCCCACCAGAGGACGCACUCCGGGGAGAAGCCCUACGCCUGCAAGGAGUGUGGGCGAUGCUUCCGGCAGAGGACCACCCUUGUCAACCACCAGAGGACACACUCAAAAGAGAAGCCCUACGUGUGCGGGGUGUGUGGGCACAGCUUCAGCCAGAAUUCAACCCUCAUCUCUCACAGGCGGACGCACACCGGGGAGAAGCCAUAUGUGUGUGGCGUGUGCGGGCGAGGCUUUAGUCUCAAGUCACACCUCAACAGACACCAGAACAUACACUCAGGGGAGAAGCCCAUUGUGUGCAAGGACUGUGGCCGGGGCUUCAGCCAGCAAUCCAACCUCAUCAGACACCAGAGGACGCACUCAGGGGAGAAACCCAUGGUGUGUGGGGAGUGCGGGCGAGGCUUCAGCCAGAAGUCAAACCUCGUUGCACACCAGAGGACGCACUCAGGGGAGAAGCCGUACGUGUGCCGGGAGUGCGGGCGAGGCUUUAGCCACCAGGCGGGUCUCAUCAGGCACAAGCGGAAGCACUCACGGGAGAAGCCCUACAUGUGCAGGCAGUGUGGACUGGGCUUUGGCAACAAGUCGGCUCUCAUCACACACAAGCGGGCUCACUCAGAAGAGAAGCCUUGUGUGUGCAGAGAGUGUGGCCAAGGCUUUAUACAAAAGUCACACCUCACCUUACAUCAAAUGACGCAGAAGGGGGAGAAGCCGUACGGGUGCAAGACGUGUGGGCAGGGCUUCAGCCUCAAGUCUCACCUCAGCAGACAGAAGACCAAGUCUGUCCACCAUAGACUGCCGCCACGGCCCGGCCCUGAGCCGUGUGCGGGCCAACCUGCCGACUCCUUAUGCUCUCUCUGAAGGCGAAGAUGGCGGCAAGGACUGAGAGUCAGAAUGUUGACACUUUGAUGAAAUGGAGUAGAGACAUGCAUUCCGUAAGUGGUCAAAGGACAUUUGACUGUUGACUUUCUCCACACCAAGUCUCCUCCAUGUUUUGUGGCCUUCGGUUGUAAUAAACUUGGCUUCUUUUUACAU